CGUCAUUGUGAUCUGUAGAUUAUAUUACUGUAAUCAUUUCAAAGAGUCGACUCGUCGAGACGAGUUGUUUAUGAGCUACACGUGCGACGUGCCUAUUAUUUUCUAUUAUUUUCUUCGGAUCAUCAAAUAUGUUUAGAAGUGGUUUUAUAAAACUUAACAAAAACGAAGAGCCCAAAGAAAAAACUACAAAAGAAUCCAAGGAUAGAGGUGUCAUUUAUCUUGGUCAUGUCCCUCAUGGUUUCUAUGAAAAUGAAAUGAAAAAUUAUUUUACACAAUUUGGAGAGGUCACAAAUAUCAACAUUCCUAAAAGCAAGAAAACUGGUAGAGCAAAAGGAUAUGCAUUUGUAGAAUUUUUGUACCCAGAAGUUGCCAAGGUAGUUGCAGAAACCAUGAAUAACUAUUUGAUGCACAAAAAAAUUCUUGUUGCCAAAUACCUUCCUCCUAAUCAAGUAAAAAGUAAUACAUUUUGGCGUUGUAACAAAAAUAAAAUUCCGCUAACAAUAAAAAAUAGGUCUAUACAUAGAAAGGCAAUGGAAAGACCAUUAAAUCCUGAAAAAGAAAAAGAAAGUAAAGCUGCAUUACAAAAGCGUAUCAAAUCUUUACAAAAGAAAUUAAAAAGCAAAGGAAUUGAAUAUGAAGUGCAAAUAGCAGUAUAGAACACACGGCUAAUGCAGCAAAAAACAAAUGAUUUUGAAAGAGUAAUCAUUACAGAGUAUAUUAUUCAAUACACAUUGAACCUUAAAAUCUUACUUGCUGUUUUUAUUACUUCAAAUUUUCAAUGUAAUAUAAUGUCUUAAUAAUA